UCACGGGUCGGGCGAGACCCCAGUCCCCCGGACGCUGCGUAAGCGGUUCUCGACCGCCGCUCGGUUGUGGUUGCGGUUCUGCUCUAGAACGCCUGCUCCGUAGAGGCCCGCGCGCUCCCCCACUUCCUGCUCCGGCCCAGUUCCCGCGCUCGGUUCGAAGAUUCCGUCCCGCCCCGGAGGCAGAGCUGGUGUCCAGCCAGCCGCCGAGGAGCCACGGGUGCCGCCCCCCGCGAGGGUUUUGGAGGUAAACGGAGGCCGGACCCGGGGCCGGAGAGCAAGACGUUACCAGCGGGCCUUCCGGGACGUUGUAAUUGAUAGAAGUCGUACAUGGGACAGGAUUUAGUCUUCCCACACUCCUGAUCCAAUGAAGAGAAAAUGGGAAGCAACGCUGAAGCAGAUUGAAGAACGAGCGUCCCAAUAUGAGAGGAGACCCUUGACCUCAGCGUACAGACCGAGGUUGUCCAAGCCGGAAGAACCACCUUCCAUUUGGAAACUGUUUCAUCGGCAGACUCAGGCUUUUAAUUUUGUUAAAAGCUGUAAAGAGGAAGUUCAUGUGUUUGCUUUGGAAUGCAGAGUGGGUGAUGGACAGCGUAUUUACCUCGUAACAACCUAUGCUCAACUUUGGUUUUACUAUAAAUCCCGAAGAAAUCUCUUACACUGCUAUGAAGUCAUUCCUGAAAAUGCUGUGUGCAAGCUUUAUUUUGAUUUGGAAUUUAACAAACUUGCCAAUCCAGGAGCUGAUGGGAAAAAGAUGGUUGCAUUACUCAUAGAGCAUGUUUGUAAAGCACUUCAAGAGUUUUAUAGGGUUAACUGUUCAGCUGAAGAUGUUCUCAACUUGGAUUCUAGCACUGAGGAAAAAUUUAGCCGCCAUUUAAUAUUUCAGCUCCGUGAUGUGGCAUUUAAAGAUAAUAUUCAUGUUGGUAAUUUUGUGCGAAAAAUCUUGCAGCCUGCUUUUCACUUAAUUGCCAGUGAAGAUGAUGAUAUGACCCCAGAGACGACGGGCUGUGAAUUUACCCGUUUUUCUGAAACACCAAGUGAACAAGGAACUUGCUUUAGUGAAAUGUCCACAGAUCACGAUGUAGGGGAGGGCUGGACAUCGAAUUCAGAGAAACUGGGGAGGCUGGGGUCGGCUCAGCAAAGCAGCCCUGAUCUUUCGUUUUUAAUAGUGAAGAAUGACAUGGGAGAAAAGCGUCUUUUCGUGGACCUAGGAGUUUACACAAGGAAUAGAAACUUUCGACUGUAUAAAUCAUCAAAAAUAGGAAAGUAUGUGGCUUUGGAAGUUGCUGAAGAUAACAGAUUUUUUCCUACACAAUCGAAGAAUAUUUCCAAAGAAAAUCAGUACUUCCUGUCGUCUUUGGUCAGCAAUGUUAGAUUUUCAGAUGCUUUACGAAUUCUGACAUGUGACAUACCUCAAAGUAAACAGCGAAUUCAGUGUUUGAAUCCUACCAGUACUUCAGUAGAAACCAUUGAAGGUUUUCAGUGUUCACCUUACCCUGAAAUUGAUCAAUUUGUUCUCUCACUGGUGAACAAAAAUGGCAUUAAAGGAGGAAUUCGGCGGUGGAACUACUUUUUCCCAGAAGAACUGUUGGUUUAUGAUAUUUGUAAAUACCGCUGGUGUGAAAACAUUGGAAGAGCCCAUAGGAGCAAUAACAUCAUGAUUUUGGUUGACCUGAAAAAUGAACUUUGGUAUCAAAAAUGUCACGACCCUGUCUGCAAAGCAGAAAACUUCAAAUCUGACUGCUAUCCACUGCCUGCUGAAGUGUGUCUUCUGUUUCUUCUCAAAGAGGAAGAGGAGUUUGCAACAGAUACAACAGCAAACGCUGAAACCAAGGGUCCUCAUGAACCAUCAGCUAGCGUGUUGUCAAAAGGUGCAUGUCCCGAUGCUGACUGGGAUAACGGCAUUGAUGAUACUUACAUUUUGGAGGCUACAGAAGAUGCUGAAUUAGCAGAAGCUGCAGAAAACAGUCUUCUUGCUUACAAUGGGAUGGAUGAAAUUCCUGAUGAACUACUAAUAGAAGUAUUACAAGAGUAGCU